AUGUUCAAAAAACCCAAGUCAAGGCUGGCUCCAAGGGGCAGGGAAAGGUCACCUGAAGACAUACCACAAGCCACAUCCGAGAAAGGGGAGAACGUCGAAGAGUCGCCAAUAGCCCUCGCAGCUAGACUCAAGAACAAAUCCAAGCGUACUAAGCCCAAAUCUACGCUCAGUUUCGGCGGUGACGAGGAGGCAGGAGAUGGGGAAGUUUUUCAAGUGAAGAAAUCAAAUCUUAGUCAAAAGUUGUCCCUGAGUGCUCAUCCUGCGAAUUUACUGCCUGUCUCGCUUGACCAAGCUACCAUUACUCCCCGCUCUAAUGGGGCACCCGUAUAUGACCAAGCGUACCUCUCACAGCUGAAAGCAAGCACGCCUUCGUCACGACGUGUUCCAGUUGCUGAGGGUUAUGAUGCAGACGUUCCGAUGGACCCAGCUGAAACUAGUUUGGAGGCCACUGAGAUGUCUGUCGAUGUUGACACAGUGAUUCCUUCGGAAUCGUCAAUUCUAUCCGCUAAACAAAGACGAGAACGCAUGCGGACUCAUGGUACAGAAGAUGAUUUCAUAUCUCUUUCUGUCACGAAACGUGAUACCGUACCGCAGGGUCCACAUCCAGAAAGUCGAUUGAUGCGCGAAGAGGAUGAGCUUGGAGAAGGGGACGAUGAGUACGCGGAGUAUACGAGCGCUCAAGAACGCAUUGCACUUGGCAAGAAGUCAAAAAAACUUGAAGCUUCGAAGCGCAAGGAUGUUAUGCAAGAGCUGAUCGCAGAUGCCGAUGAAGAAGAUGAGGAGACCAUGGAGUGGGAGAGGGAACAGUUGCGGAGAGGCGGUCCAUUCACCACUUCUCACGAGGCGUCUCCUGCAAAGCAGGUCUACAAGCCUGCUGCAAUUCCUACAUCGACUGCGAUACCCUCUCUUGGACCGGCAAUGGACCGCCUGUCUCAGUCAUUGACCGCGAUGGCAACGUCGCAUGCAACGAAUGUGAAGGCAGCAGCGGCAUUGGUUGAUGAACGAGAACAAUUGGAUGUCCGCGAAACAGAACUACGCGAGAUGAUUACCAAAGCUGAAGUAAAAAGGUCGUGGUUCGCUGCAUUCAAGGAAUGGGUGGAAAGUGUGGCCACAUUUCUUGAUGAGAAGUUUCCGAAGCUUGAGAAGCUUGAAGAUGAAUAUAUUUCAGUGCUCAAAGAGCGCUCUGAAAUGAUCGCUCAGCGACGCCAAGCGGACGACCAGGAUAAUCUAUCAUUGAUUUUCGGUUCUCUUUCUCUUUUAGCGACCCCAGAUCAAUCUGAAGAGGUGGAUGACCUGGGGCGAGUUCUACUUCGAUCGAACCCUGUUACUGUUCGCCGUGAGCGAGAAGCCGCGCGAAUAGCCCGUCGACUUUGUCGUAAACGUGAACGCGAAACCAGGGCCAUCACAAUGCAACUGGACCGGGAAGAAGGCUACUCGACAGACUCCUCUUUACCUCCAUCGGACGCCAUGGAUUAUCGAAGUGCUAUGGAGAGAAUAGCCAAUGACGGGCAUGGAUUAUUAUCUGAUGUACAUGCAGCUGAGUUCAGGAACCCGAGCUUAGGGUUAGCUAAAUGGUUUGGUGGAUGGCGUAGACGCUUUGGUGAUAGCUAUACUGGUGCAUGGGGUGGGCUUGGACUCGUCGGUGCUUGGGAGUUCUGGGUGCGACUAGAAAUUCUCGGAUGGAACCCCUUCGAAACUUCGCACACCCUAGAUGAAUUUUCGUGGUGUGCUUCAUUACACGAGUACUGUGGAGAUAAGGAUGAAGAUUUAGAGCCGGAUACAGGUCCGAAUGAUGACUUGGUUUCUGCGAUGAUUUCCACGGCGGUCGUGCCCCUCAUCUGCAAGAUAGUUGAAGCAGGCGCACUCGACCCUUAUUCCGCAUUGGACAUCCGCAAUAUGAUAAACCUGGCAGAGCAAGUGGAAGCUUCUAUUGGACACGACAACCCCAAAUUUCAGAUGCUAUUGAAAUCGGUGUACUCCGUUUUUGAACGCUCUGUAUCAGCAUCGGAGUCCUUGAUAGCUCCUUUUGUUGCACUCAACCACUCCGUCUUCGAUCCAGAUGCUAUUGCCGCCCGUCGGCGUCUACUUCGUCAUGCCUUAAAGCUUUUGGAUACGCUCAUUCGAUGGCGCAAGUAUACUGAUGAGAAAUUGGGCAUUGGCGACCUUUGUGUUCGACAUAUGAACAAUAUAGUUUUGCCGAUUGCCGAAAGCGGGUGGGAGGUUGGAGGAGAGGAAAUAACUCGAGAGAUGAUUGCCAUGAUGCCACACGAAGUGAUACGCGCACUGAAAGCGCCAUUAAAUUCCUUGGCAUCUUGA